GCUGGCCACACCGGUCAAAAGUUCGAACUGUUUUAUAGGGUACUCUUUGGUACGAAGGUUUCAUUUGAUUUUUGCCUCGUCUUGCGGAUAUUAUUUUACAAAUUAACCAUAAUAAUCUCUCGCGUGACCGAUAACUGGAUAAAUAAUCAGUGAUAAACAUGUUAGUCUAGUUUAAACAAAGAAUUAAUAUUUUUUGUUUGUGUAUUCACCUACUUCAAAAGUGAUUGGCAUGUAAUCUAGUCGUGUUUUAAUAUUAAUAUAGCAUUCUUUGCGUUUGUUAUUUACCUUAGUUUGUUAAUAAUUGCAUAUUAAUCACGUAACAUUCGUUUAACACGAGCUUUUCAUUCUUUUUGAGUGUGAAAAAUAAUUUUAAAAACAUGGUAGAAUUUGUAGGUUUGUUCAUCUGUGUGCCUCUAUGGAUCUUACUGGUGCUACUCCUGGGGGCGUCGAUAACGGCGGGCCUGUUCGUGUUCCACGUGGCUGUGGUCCCCCUCAUCUUCAAGUAUUCGAAGACGUUUAGACGUACCCUAGUCUUCGCUAAUUUUGUGCAAUGGCCGCCAUUUAUGGACUUGGAAGACCCCUCCAGCUGCGGUGUAGAGGGAGGGAGAAAUCUGACCAUAGAAUACCACUCAAAGGUCGACAAUUGUCCUGUCCGAAUUGGAAUAUGGCAUAUACUCCCAAAAGCGGUGUACGAAAGGCUCAAAGGCAAGUUUGAUGACAACUCGGAUAAGGAGGAACUGAACAGGUUGCUGGAUGAUGAGCUGACCAACUCCACCACACCCAUCAUGAUCUACUGUCAUGGCAACUCUAAUUCCCGCGGAGCUACGCACAGAAUAGAGCUCUACAAAUUCUUUCAGCAGAUGGACUUUCAUACGAUAGCUUUCGAUUAUAGAGGAUAUGGUGACUCCACAAACCUGAACCCCACGGAAGACGGCGUGGUGGAAGAUUCGCUGAUUGUGUACGAGUGGGUGCACAACACUAUCUCCAAAGAAGAUAGGAGAGUAGAGAAUAAACCGGCUGUGUGCGUGUGGGGACAUUCAUUAGGUACAGGCAUCUCCUCGCACUUGCUGGGCAACCUGGACAGCCUGUGCAGCAGUGUCCUGGAACGAGACACCCCCCUGCCGCUGCCCCGGGUGCUCAUACUAGAGGCCCCCUUCAACAACCUCGCCGACGAGGUCGCGCACCAUCCGCUGUCUAAGUUGGUGACGUGGCUCCCCUACUACGAGUCCACGUUCGUGUCAGCGUUCCACACUGACCCGCAUCUGAGGUUCAAGUCGGACGUCCACUUGACCCAGCAGCCACACUUGCCCGUGCUCAUACUGCACGCUAAGGAUGAUGUCAUUGUGCCUUUCCGUGUUGGACUAAAGUUGUAUCGCAGCGUGAAAGCGUCGAGGUCGCCAUCGGACGCGGUGAUCAAACUGCACGCCUACGACAAAGCCAUGGACCUCGGCCACAAGUGGAUAUGCCACGCGCCCGAUCUCAGGGAUAUUGUCGAAGAUUUCGUGAAGAAUCUUCGAUGAAGAUCCAAGCUUACGCUUCUCGCCUUAGAGUCUAAACUCAUUACUGACCAUGUCACAAAUUAAGAUAAUAUGAAACAUAUAGCCGUCCUUGUCUUUCACAUGCAACUGUCUAUUAGCGUGAGUGAGAUGACUAUAGGCUAGUUGAGUACAAUAAUUUUCGCUGCCAAGUGAUACAAAUAAGUGCUUGUAAAUGUACUUAUUGCUUUAAAACAUAAUAAUAUUAAUAAUUUAUUAAGGUUAAUGCAAUAAAUUGUUUUUUUUACA